AGUGGUAUAUCUGGAGGAUGCGGCUUUCGAAGUCUGCGUUCUUUUUCUCUUCCUACCGCAACUCCGUGUCUCGUUUGACUUGUAUUCGAUUUAAAUAGGCUUUUCGACAACUAAAUCAUUCACAAAAUGUCUUUCACUUUUGGCUCCCUCACGAUCUAUCACGGACUGUUGCUUGUCCCCAUUGCAAUCAUCGCGACAACCAUAUACUACACCGCCCUCACACUCUACAACAUCUACUUCCACCCCCUCUCCUCCUUCCCAGGUCCCCGCCUCGCAGCCGCAACACCAUAUUGGAUGGCCCUCUCCUAUCUAGGCGGUCGCACUCCUUACGAUCUCCUCGAGCUACAAAACAAAUACCGCCCGGUCCCCGAGUUCAGCAAGGAUAGCAAAUACUUCUCUGCGCUCAAGGGCGAUCCCGUGAUUAUAACUGCGGAUAGGGAGUAUCAUUCGUAUAUUCGCAAGCUGUUCGCGCAUGGGUUCUCUGAGAAGGCGAUGAGGGAGCAGGAGGGGGUGUUGAAAGGGUUCGUUGAUAUUUUGUUUGCGAGGCUUGGGGAGGAGGGGGAGGGGGGACGGGCUGUUGAUGUUGUACAAUGGUAUAAUUUCCUUACCUUUGACUUUGUCGGGUUCCUCAGCCUCACAUACCUCCUCCUCAAGAACCCCCGCGUCCUCGCCAAGCUCGCAACCGAAGUCCGCUCGACUUUCACUCACCCAGACGGAAUCACCUUCACGGGCGUCAAUGGCUGCAAGUACCUCCUCGCCUGCAUCGAAGAAGCCCUCCGCGUCUACCCGCCCUCCCCGCAACCGCACCACCGCAUCGUGCCCGCCGGUGGUGCGACCGUCGAGGGCGUCUUCUUGCCCGAGGGCACGUCCGUUAGUAUCCCCAUCUAUGCUGCCUCCCACAGUUCCGUGAACUGGACGCUGCCAGAGGAGUUUAUACCUGAGCGUUGGAUGGCUACGAAAGAUGGUGGUCAUGGGAAAGGGGAUGGUGAUGGUGAUGGUGACGUGGACGUGCGGCUGUUUGCUGGGGACCAACGCGAUGCGUCGCAGCCGUUCCAGGUUGGACCGCGGAACUGUAUUGGGAGGAAUUUGGCGUAUGCGGAGAUCAAGAUUAUCAUGGCGAGGUCGGUGUGGCAGUUUGACAUUGAGAAUGCCAUGGAUGGGGAUUGGAUUGGGAUGCAGAAGGUGUUCAUGGUUUGGGAGAAGGCGCCGCUGUGGGUGAAGUUACAUCCUGUUUCGAGAGGGUGAAUAGUAGCCAGACUGACGAGGAGGUCAUGAUGGAGUCCCUUUGCUACCGAGAUCGAGUUCACUCUUCUCUGAAUUAGUUUCACAGCUGUACUCUUGAAUUCAGCGGCUGUCGUUACAUGUAGUCUUGCAACAAGGCAUCCACGCC